GUGCAUGCAAUGACGUAGCAUUGGCUGCAGUAAGAUAUAUGUAAGUACAUUUGUUCGCCUGACUCUUGGCAUGUGCGUGCUCCUGGCUCCACCUGCACACUUCACCGUUCCAUGUCAAUGUGCGCUUAGUAGUCUGCUUUUGUGUACCGUGCCCUUAUUUUCGUGUUUGAGUGCACUCUUCACAAUGCGUAAAACGCUUACGCACGCUUUCAUAUCAGAUUUCAUUCUUAUCUCCGUCUUUGGACCUUUGAACGGAUACUAUGCAGAAGGCCGUUCUCGACUUCUGCACUGAUCCGUUCGUUCAUGAACAACUCUACAUCAACACUGUCAAAAGUAUGAUCUCGGCGUGCCAUUCGAACUCUAUUUGAGACAGAAGAUGAGAAAAUUACAAUAGAAAAUGUAGUGUAGAAAUAUCUAACUCAUAAAGAAUUGGAUCGUAGCAACUACAUGCCCUCCACCACAUCAUGUGUGGUCCAACUGAGUGAGCGUCUGUUAGUCCUAUACAAAUAUCAACGAGUCCUUCAUUAGGAAGGUGAAUGCAAAUAGCAUCGAAAUCAAAGGAAAAGCACUGCUGAGAAGGCCAGGAAGAGAAGAGUAGACAAUGCACUCAGUGCAUGUCUACGCGGGGCAUCGCUUGUGUUGGUGACUGCUGCAGAUAUUGUGCCAAUGGUUGCGGAAGGGACGGCACCUCCAGCGCCAUUUUCA